CACGCGCUGGAUCAGCUGAUCCGUCACGUGGCUCGUCCUUUUGCAAGAUGGAGUUGAGCGAGUCUGUGCAGAAGGGGUUGCAGCUCCUGGCCGAUCAGUCUGCCGUGGACCACAGCAGCUUUCAGGUGCUGCUGGAUGUCUCCUUCCGGAGUCUGCUCUCAUCCCGGGCCGACCCCACAGUCCUCGAUCAGGCUGAGCUGAAGCACAUUGACAGGAUCCAACUGAAGCAGAUCCACGCAGCUGUGACCACCUUCAUUCUGGAAGCGGUCAAACACAACGCCGACAAGUCCACGAUGAGCUCUUGCCUUGAGGAGCUCACAUUCAGCACAGAAAGAACAGAAAUAUUCUUCAGCACAUAUCAGGUCAGAUCAUGUUGAUCUCUAAAUAAUGAUGUUUUGUGACUGUCUUGUGUGGCUGGUAAACCAGGCUUUGUUUUUCUUUUACAGAAACAUAAAAAAGACGUAGAGUGUCUGUUAAGCAGCAUUGGGAGACAUCCAGCUCAAGUCAACGACGUUUCAUGGCGUCUACAGUACCACAUGAAGAACGGGCAGCUGGAUAAGACCAACGAGCCUUUCUACCUAAUAUCACUGAACACUGAGAAUGAAGGGUCAUCGGAGGAUAUCAACUUUACCUGCACAACGGAGCAGCUGCAGGAUCUGGUGGCAAAGUUGAAAGACGCUGCUAAGAGUGUGGAGAAAGCCAGUCAGAUUAGGAAACCCCGCAGCCCCGCCGAACCGAUACGAGCUUCUCUUUUUUCCCCCUCUACAAAAUGGCAGCCGUGCUGUCGGCAGCCUGGCAGUCCAGCGGCGGAGGGGACAGAGAGACUCUCGGUCCCUCCUUCCUCUUCCUUCCCGCUCAGCUUCACCGGCAGCUCGCCGACUUGUUGUUUUGGUUCGACAUCCAGUCUGGUUCUGGUCACUGGCGAGCCGCCACGCGGGCUCAAAGCACAGGGAGUUGCCAUAGAAACGGUCAGGUUCCCCCUCCACCCGCUCGCAGCCUGUGUGGCACACCUGACGCAACGAGCGGGAGCCUGGAUUUUUCUGUUUUGUUUUUUGCAAAGUUCUGCCAACAUGCAUCGGACCACCAGGAUAAAGAUCACUGAGCUCAACCCUCACCUCAUAUGCGUCCUCUGUGGAGGAUACUUCAUAGACGCCACCACCAUCAUCGAAUGCCUCCACUCGUUCUGCAAAAUGUGCAUUGUGCGUUACCUGGAAACCAGCAAAUAUUGUCCCAUCUGUGAUGUACAAGUGCAUAAAACCAAACCCUUGCUCAACAUUAGAUCUGACAAAACUUUACAGGAUAUUGUGUACAAACUGGUCCCGGGCCUCUUCAAAAAUGAAAUGAAGAGGAGGAGAGACUUUUAUGCAGAGCACCCUGUAGAUGCUUCUAACGGUUCACAUGAGGAUCGUGGAGAGGUGGCCGACGAGGAUAAGAGAAUUAUCACAGAUGACGAGAUCAUCAGUCUCUCCAUCGAGUUCUUUGAUCAGACCAGGUUGGUCGGUGGAGUGGAAGACAAGCAGACAAAAGAUCAGGUGGCUAACAAGAGGUACCUGCAGUGUCCAGCCGCCAUGACAGUCAUGCAUCUGAGGAAGUUUUUGCGCAGCAAGAUGGACAUCCCAAACACAUAUCAGGUUGAAGUCAUGUAUGAAGACGAGCCUCUCAAAGAUUACUACACAUUAAUGGAUAUAGCGUAUAUCUACACUUGGAGAAGGAACGGACCCUUACCCCUGAAGUACCGGGUCCGACCCAACUGUAAGAAAAUGAAGGUGAGCCACGCUCAGCAGGAGGGUCAGAACAGCGCCAGCAGGUCCGGUCCGGAGAGCGACUCAGCCAGCGACAAAGCAGGGAGUCCCGCCGGGGCUCCGUCCACCUCCUCGUCGCUGCCGAGCCCCGGAACCCCCGCGCAGUCCCCGCACCCUCAGCUCCCGCACGGCCCCAGCAACAACAGAAGCAGCACCGUGAACGGGAGUUCGGCCGACGUCUCAGCCGCUACAGGAGCUCAGACCCCGAACCGGCCCUUCACCCAGUUCGGCGGCGGCAAGCCGCGGAAGGUUUCCCUGAACGGCUCGGCGACUUCAUCCGGAUGACGCGGGGCUCCGGAGCCGACCUGCCAACGCCAGACUCCCGCUCAGCUCCUACGGUUUUCAUGCCAACGUAGAUCCACUGUGUAGACAAUGUCCCCUCUCUCUUUCCGUCUCCAUUUGUCGUUCUGAAUAUUAUGGCAUCAUUUGUAAGUUUAAACGUAGUGGAAUCAGACAUUUCAAAAAAAAAAAAAAAGGAAAAGAGAUGGGAAAUUUAGUCUGAAAGGAAAAUAAUGGAGGGAGCUAAAAGAAGAAAGUUGGAUAAUGUGUGUCCCCCUUUAAAAGCUACAUCUUUAUUUUACAGGAGUGACUGAAGGUGACAUUUAGGUUUUUUUUAUUUUUUUUUUAUGUCUCUUCAAUUUAAAAGUGUUUCUCAUAAUUAUUUCAUGUGUGUUGGGAUAUUUUGAAGCACAGUUACACACGCAUGCACAUUGUGACUCUAUUCUGUUCUGAAAGAGGCUUCAGGGUUCGGCUAUGUCCGGCCCGUUUCUAGGGUUUUUGGAAGUGUUCGGGGUAUCAAGAGUUUGUCCAACGGGAAGCUUCAAUGGGAGAAAAAUUAAAGCAUUUCUGCCUUUUACUGGAAAAAAAAAACCUUCCUUGUAGCUGAACUGUUGACCCUUCACGUCUUUUAAAGCUUUCCGCGUGUAAAUAGAGACAAAGUGCAUAUUUAAUCAGCCAUGAUGUUAUUCUCUUACUGCCCUUUGUUCAAGAGGAAGGACUUGGCUUCAUUUCAUGACAAUUGUUUUCAUGUCUCUGUUUUCCGUAUUUGUAUCGCUCAAUUGUAUGAACAACUUACCGUAUUGUUACUGUUGCACAGUAUAAAACAUCUAAAUAAAACAUUUUACACUUA